GCUCGUCUAUAUCCCUUACCAUGGGUAGUGCUUUCACCAUUUCUAGCACAGAAAACAAGUUCAUAAAUGUUGGUUGUGAUACUUACGGCUACUUAAAUAGUUUCGUGAACCACAGUACUACCGUUUAUUCCACCGGCUGCUUAACGCGGUGCGACACAUUUCCGAGUGAGAUGUAUGCUAAAAAUUGUUCAGGUAUUGGGUGUUGCCAGGUGGAUAUUCCUGUUGGAAUGAGGAAUAUCGAUUUUGAAGCAUAUAGCUUCAAGAACCAUGCGAAUAUUUCGGAAUUCAACAAUUGUAGCUAUGCUUUUGUUGUUAAAAAGGAUUGGUACAAUUUCUCCCUUGGGCAUCUAAAGCAGUUACCCUUUGAUGAAGCCCCGCUUGUGCUAAAUUGGACAGUUUCAAAUGUUACUUGUGAUGUUGCUAAGGCAAGAUUAGACUAUGCUUGCACCAACAACACCGAUUGUGUGGACUCUCCUGGUGGAUUUGGGUACAAUUGCAGAUGCAAACAUGGUUUCGAAGGAAACCCAUACCAUCCUGAUGGAUGUCAUGAUAUAGACGAAUGUCAAGAUCAUUCAAUGAACAAAUGCAGCGUUAUUGAAUAUUGUGUCAACACGAUCGGGGGUUUUCGUUGCGGACCAAAAAGAAGUCUAUUUUCAAGGAUCUUCAUUGGUACAAGUGCAGCCUUAGUUGCUUUACUUUUUAGUAUGUCUUGGCUGUAUUUGGUAUACCGAAAGAGGAAUCUCAUCAAACAAAAGGAACAUUUUUUCAGACAAAAUGGUGGCUUGAUCUUGCAACAACGACUCUCUGUUAAAGAAGCUUCUUCCCAAACAGCUAAAAUCUUCACUAUGGAGGAGUUGAAAAGGGCAACCAACAACUACCAUGAUAGCUUAAUACUUGGAAAAGGAGGUUAUGGAACUGUUUAUAAGAGAAUUCUUAAUGACAACAAAGUUGUUGCAAUCAAGAAGUCCAAACUUGUUGAUCAAAACCAAAUUGAACAAUUCAUCAACGAGAUGGUCAUCCUCUUGCAAAUUAAUCAUAGGAAUGUGGUGAAGCUACUUGGAUGUUGUUUGGAAACUGAAAUUCCUUUGUUAGUUUAUGAGUUCAUCAACAAUGGCACCCUUUAUGAUUGCAUUCACAAUCCGGGGAAGGCUUCCAAGAUGUCUUGGGAAACACGUCUGAAGAUUGCAGCAGAGACAGCCGAAGCACUAUCAUAUCUUCACUCUAGUGCCUCCACACCCAUAAUUCAUAGAGAUGUGAAGCCAUCUAACAUACUUUUGGAUGACUCCUACACAGCCAAAGUGUCUGAUUUUGGAGCUUCUAGGUUGGUUCCAGUUGAUCAAACAGAAUUAGCCACAAUGGUACAAGGAACUCUAGGAUACUUGGAUUCAGAAUACAUGCAAACCAACCAACUCACUGAAAAAAGUGAUGUCUACAGUUUUGGGGUGGUGCUUGUGGAGCUACUUACAGGAAAGAUAGCUCUUUCAUUUGAUAGACCGGAGGACGAAAGAUGCCUUGCCAUGCACUUCCUAUCAUCCUUGAGGAAAGGUCAAUUGUUUGAAGUACUUGAAGUUGGCAUAAUGAUUGAGAACAAUGAAGAGAUACUAAAAGAAGUGGCUUCACUUGCUAAGAGGUGCUUAAGACUUAGAGGUGAUGAGAGACCUAGCAUGAAAGAAGUUGCAAUGGAGUUAGAGGGAAUAAGGAUGACAAGGAAGCAUACAUGGGUAAACAAUGAUAAUAAUUCAGGGGAAAUUGAACCAUUGCUUGGAGAGACAUCUGGCAUAAGUGAAAGUGGCGAUAGCAUCAGCUAUAGAAACACAGGAGAUUAUAGCAUUACAAAUCAUGUGCUGAUUGACUUGAAUGAUGGAAGGUGAUUUGUUGGUAUGCCAGUCUUACUGCACCAAUAAUAUUUUCUGUAAUUUUGUUAUUUUAACGGAAAAUGUAGACCCUUGGGCAUUUUCCUUGUAACUUACAGAUGCUAGAAUUUAUUUUUAGAUACAACA